GCUACCCCUGCUUGUUGCUAAGUGGAAGACAGAAGAAAACCCUGGAUUCAAAUAUCUAUUGGGUUUUUGUUUUGCUUUGGUUUUUUUUUUUUCUUUUUUUUCAUUUUGCCUUUAGAAGAUGAACAAUGAAACUACAACCUUGAUGUCCUUGAAGGAGGCAAUGAAAAGAGUAGACCACAAACUCCAAGCUUUAGAAGCACAGUUUAAAGAAUUGGAUUUCACUAAGGAUAAUCUGACACAGAAAUUUGAAAAUCAUAGUAAGACUUUGGCAAUCCAAGCAGCCCAAGAUGAGAUGUGGACAGCAGUUCUGGAACUUACGUUCACACCAAUGGAAUUGAAUAUUGUAUACAGCUAUGUCAUUGAAGUACUUACCUGUUUGCACACUCAUGUACUUGAGAAACUGCCGGACCUGGUGAGAGGUCUUCCCACCUUAGCCUCUGUCCUUAGACGGAAAGUCAAGAAUAAGCGUAUUAGGGUUGUGUGGGAGUCUGUCCUAGAGGAGUGUGGGCUGCAAGAAGGAGACAUCACAGCACUUUGCACCUUCUUUAUUGCACAUGGUAACAAGGCAGAGCACUAUGCUGCUAAAGUGAGACAGAUGUACAUCAGGGACAUCACGUUCAUGAUUACUAACAUGGUGAAGAACCAGGCUCUACAGCAGGGCUUGCUGAGAGCUGUUCACAUAAUUGAGAAGGGAAAAGCAGUAAGGAACUCUGAAGAGCAACAGUCUUCCUUAAAAGAGUUGAUGCCGGGCGGCGCCUGGACCAAUUUUGCGACACUCAAGGACUUUUCUGCAGCCCUACAAAAGAGCAAAAAUCUCGGAGAAAAGUUGGGCUCCACCCACCACCAACGAAUAGGGGCGGGCGGCUGCGGGCCGCGGGGACUCUCUUUCAGGCUGAGAAGGCGGGACGCGGCAGAGCUGCGCGCGCAGGUCCCGGAAGUCCCGCCGGGUCUAACGUCGGCUCGCUCAGUCCAGGAGUAG